AUGAACUUCAAAAUAUAUUUUGGCAUUUUCACGAUCCUUUCAACAUUUUCUCUUGGUUUUUCUUCUGAAAUAAAUGGAAAACCAUUUCAAAGAAUUGAAAUGAAAAGCUUAAAGUGUGAAGGAGUGAAAGAUUUUUAUUUUCCGAACAUGACUUGCUACGCAAAACCUUUCAAUCGGACAACUUACACUUUUACAGUUUACGUAAAAUUUAAAAAACCUUUGGAAGUUUAUUACGAACCACUCUUGUUGGAAUAUCGCUAUGGUAAUAUUUUCAGAGAAAUCAUUAAAUCUCCUCAGUUCAAUUGGUGUUCCUUUGAGAACAACACAAAUCCGAUCGUCAAACUUUACUACAGAACUUUAAAACUUUCAGACGAAAAAUUAAUCAGAAAGUGUCCCAUACAUGAACUCGAUGAUAAAAGUGUCGUAAUAUCCACAGUUGCGUUUCCAGAUAUUUUUCCAAGGGGAGAUUAUCGUUUUCUUCUUGAAUCUCUCGAUAAAAAUGAUUAA